ACAAUAUGUAGGUACGUACCUAGGUACAUAUUUAUUAAUUCGGUACUCAAAUCAAAUUCUAAAUUUAUUUAUUUUUCGCAAUUUUUUCUCAUAAUUUUAUUAUACACAUAAAUUGUAAAUCCCUGGGUAACCCCACUAGGAAAACCUUGGCGGGGUCAACCAAUGAAAAAUCUUUGCCCACAAGCACGACUGAAAAGCAAGGGCAAGAUGCACAAGCUACGGGUACUACGGAUUCAGAACAGACUUCUGAACAGAGUAAAAGAGAAGCAGCAACAGAAGCGACUAGACGACAGUCUGAUGAUGAAGAGAAACGCAAGGCUGAAGCUGCGAGGCUCAGGCGUUUAGAAGCUACUAAGAGGAGGCAAAUGGGUCUCGAAGCCGGAGAGGAUCCGGAACGGGUUCAAGCGCUGCAGAUCUUGCACAAUCAAUUGAAAGCAAAGGGUGGCGAAGUUCUCUACAAACAACCGCACACUGAACUGUCACAUUCACAGGCUUCUGAAUGGCUAUCAAUGAAGCCGCCGAUGAAAGUGGAUAAGGCUGUAAAGGAAUCAGCGGACACAUCACGCCUUCAUAAAAAGUUUGAGAGAAAGUUAAGCACGCUCGUCAGCAAAAGUACUCCACCUCAAAUGUAUGAUGCUAUGCAAGAUGUCGUAAUUGAAUCUUCCCGGAUUCUGUCGGAAUAUUUCGUAACCAAAAGUUAUAAGGCACUCGUUAGAGAAGCUCUGAUAUCUGAAAUGCAAAAGCGCGGUAAUGAAAUACUUAUAGAAGUGGAUGGAGCCGCAGAAACGUAUUUCUUCGCUGCGCAAAGAUUGAAAAAAGCCACGUCGCUAGAAAUUAACGAACCAUGCACCCAAGUUGCAUAUUACUUGUGUAAAAAGCUAGAAGAGAUGAUUCGGUGCCGUUCCAUGGCUCGAAAAUUAACGUCGGCAAUGAAAGAUCACAUAAACGAAGCUUCCAACUACUUAUCAGCGCACGUGACUAAACCAGAUGAACAAAUAGAAGCAUAUGUUGCCCUAUUGAAUGAAAUGGAAGCAGCCGGCGAUAGUCUUCUCAUAGAAGGAAAAAUUUCCAAAUCUUAUAAAGAUUCUGCAGCAUAUUUACGGCAACUAACCUCGUUUACGGAUCAAAUCAAUCGGUCAGAUGCGACCCUGCAAUCUACGACGGAAGGAAAGCUAAAGGCCUUAAUGGCCAACGUAACUGCUAGUGGUUACAGUCAAAAUGUUAUCGAUGGAGUAAUAACAGAAUCUACAAGGCUUCUCGUAUCAUACAUUAUGCUGCAAGGGGAGAAAACAGAAGCGUUGAAGGUAUUAAUACAACAAAUGGAUUUACACAGCGGAAAUGUUCUUCUUCGACAUGGCAAGAUUCGCAAAACUUAUGGAGAAGGAGCAGAUUUACUGCGCACGAAAAAUGCAGAUCAAUUAAGUGUACCCAGUGCUGACCCGGUGGUUGUCAGGAAAAUUCAAAUAAAACUUCGCAAUAUAAUGCACCGGUGCACUCCCGAUCAGUUUUCUACUUUAAUGGAAGAUGUUAUUGAAGAUGCAACAAUGUAUUUGGCCGUUCAUUUCUUGGAACCACAAAUUAUUCAAGUAUGCAAAUGUAUGAAGAAUGUAUUCGUCCAAUGUGAACUAUGGUGUGAUGAGAUUUUACGUCGAGUCGCACACCCUUGCUGUACAUGUUCUAGGCAUAUAUCUACUCAAGCGUUGUCAGAUUUGGCACCUGGUCAGCAAAUACAUGCAAGCCCUGGUUCUUCCCGAGCACACACUGCUGGAAUCGAUAUAACUAUCACUCCUUGUCCGAGAAAAAUCAGUUCAAUCCUCGGGACCAAAAAUAAAACUGCAAUAUGUCCAGCGGCUAAACCGACGGAAGAAUGUGAAAGAACGACCACGGCUUCCUAUCUCUUUUACACUCCCGCCAUGUCUCGUAAGAUGCCAACUCAGACAAACCCAGUGAAGCUAUCCACACCAACGUCUGAUUCUAUACAAACUCCGUUGCAUCUCUCGCUAAGUCAUGCAACUAGAUCACCAUUAUCCUCCCCGUUGUGUUUCUUUACCGAAAUGUAUGAAGAAAAUAAUCUUGCAUUACGUGAAAGUAUAUCACCGAGCCCUGUCAAACAUGAGACGGAUGAAUCUUCUCCGUCCUUUUAUACACCGCAAAGUGCGGAUUCGCGAGAUAAAGAAACGUUACCAUUUUUCUGGCAAUCUCCGACUACAAUGUUUGCAGAAGUGCAUUCACAAAAUGCACCAUCAAUGAAUGUGCAGCCACUCAGUGUGAUUAAAAAAACUGAUCAAGUGCCGAGAGCACACAAUGCAAGAGCGCCAAUUGUAACAACGGAUCGAAUGGCGGAUUGGCACGCAAUGAUGGUCAGCCUCAUGUGGAAUGUACAAGCAUGGCGAGAUUGGAUUCAAGAAAACAUUGAUCGGGCACUUGCUUACCAACAACAGUCUCCUCUUCCAACAGGACAUCCCGAAGAAAACUGGAUAGGCUUUCAGAGAAGGGUCGCUACAGAAGCGUUGCAAUGGAGACAAUACAAUAAAUUUAGUCGUCUUCUGACUCUUCGAUUAGCUUUACGAUACAGAGAUAAACAGAUCGUGUCUCCUACAAGAAACACCGUCAAGACCAAUGUUUACAUGGAAUGCCAACAAGAAAUGCUUGAUAUUAUUGACAUGUUUAAUAAGUGGACUCACUGGCUCACUCUCGUAAUUAAGGAGACAGACUCAUUGCAACAACAAGCUAACACGGAUGUAUCUUUAUAUGAAUUACGGUGGAAAAAUUUCAAGAAGAAAGUUCUGGAAUACGCCGAUGACUGGCAGAAAUACAAUACGCACCUUAAAGUUUGCUGGGAACAAAAGCAUAAGAAAAUUAUUUCAGAGUGGUUGCCCGCGUGGAGGCAGCCGGGGCCGGUGUGGGUGGUGAGCGCGUGCGGGGCCGUGCCCAGCGGCGCAGUGGCGGCCGGCGUGUACGAGGGAGAGGUCACGUGGGUCGCGCGCACGCCGCACAGAUGCAACGUACUUCCUGCCGCUCUGCAUCCGUCGAAGCAUUGCUGCAUAUUAUACGCUGAUGGCGCUGUACAUCAUUAUACGAAGUAUCAGGUAAUGUGUAACGCCGAGGUCACAUGGCUAGCAUGGCGCGCGGGGGAAGUGGGCGCGCGUGCGGUGCGCAUAGCGCCCGGGGUGCACGUGGGCCGCGUGCACUACCGCGGCUCGCACUUGCUCGGCGCCGUGCACGCGCCGCACUACCGCUGCCACGUGGUCAUAUACGGACGCCCGUUUGCCUUCAACUGCUAUGAGCUGCUCGUGCUCAAGGAGGACUAAAUUAUCUGACUGAGUAGGGAGGGAUUUAAAUCGGCAUUUUAUGGGCUGCUCCUGCUCAAGGGGAACUAAAUUAUCUGACAGAGUAGGGAGGGAUUUAAAUCGGCAUUUUAUGGGCUGCUCCUGCUCAAGGAGAACUAAAUUAUCUGACUGAGUAGGGAGGGAUUUAAAUCGGCAUUUUAUGGGCUGCUCCUGCUCAAGGGGAACUAAAUUAUCUGACUGAGUAGGGAGGGAUUUAAAUCGGCAUUUUAUGAGCUGCUCCUGCUCAUGGAGAACUAAACGGUCUGACUUUAGGCACUUUUAGUAGGGAGGGGCGUAAAUCGGCGGUUACAUAGACGUUUGUUGGUCUUACAAAAACCUGCUGUUGAUGUUACUAUAAUUAUUUAGUGUGACUUCUUAACAGAUUGGUUUUGAAUCAGUGUUGUAAAUGAUUAACGACUUAACAGAACUCUUACGUUAAAAUAUAUAGUUCUUUUUUAUUUUUUUAAUUGCCUACUGUCGUACCUACUGGUGACAAAGAAGGUUGUAUUUUCUUGUGAUACGUGGUUGAGUCCACAUAGACGAUUGUGAUCUAUUUUAUUUUUAUUUAGUGAGUUUUCUUGUGUUUCAUGUUUUUGAUUUGUGAUUGUUAUUUUGUAAUGGUUGUUGAAAUAUAUGAGUUUCGAUUUAA